CAAGUAGUGCCAAAGAUGCAGCCAGCUAUGAUGAUGUUCUCCAGCAAAUACUGGGCACGACGGGGAUUAUCUUUGGAUUCAGCCAUGUUUGAUCAGCAGCAUCUUGGAACCCAUAUGCUUCGCAGGACGUCCUUUAGCCGUAUUGAUGAAAAACCAGACAAAGAGUGUACAAGCUACACUCAAGACUCUGGGAAAACAGCAGUGAUUUUCUCAUUAAAGAAUGAGGUGGGGUGUCUGAUUAAGGCUCUUCGGAUCUUUCAGGAGAAGCAUGUAAAUCUGGCCCACAUUGAAUCUCGUAAAUCUAAGCGAGUCAGCACAGAAGUGGAGAUUUAUGCCGAGUGCAGCUGCACGAAGAAGGAAUUCAAUGAGCUGGUGCAGAACCUUAAAGACCAAGUCAACAUUAUCUCCUACAACUCUCCUCAACAUGUGUGGACUGCAGACACCGACUUUUUGGACUGUGUGUGUGUUUUGGGUGGGUUGCCAGAUGGAGAAGGUGUACCUUGGUUCCCCCAGAAGAUCUCAGAACUGGACCAGUGCUCACACAGAGUGCUUAUGUAUGGCUCAGAGCUGGACGCUGACCAUCCUGGCUUUAAAGACAACGUCUAUCGACAGAGAAGAAAAUACUUUGUAGAGAUCGCAAUGAACUACAAAUUUGGCCAACCUAUCCCAUGUAUUGAGUAUACACCAGAGGAGGUGAAGACUUGGGGAGUUGUAUUCCGUGAACUGACUAAACUCUACCCCACCCACGCCUGCCGCGAGUAUCUGAAAAACCUCCCGCUCCUUACGAAACACUGUGGAUACAGAGAGGACAACAUUCCACAGCUAGAGGACGUUUCUCUCUUCCUAAGAGAGAGGUCAGGGUUCACAGUCCGACCUGUGGCAGGAUAUCUGUCACCCAGAGACUUCCUGGCUGGUCUGGCGUAUCGAGUGUUCAACUGCACGCAGUAUGUGCGUCACAGCACUGACCCACUUUACACACCAGAGCCAGACACCUGCCAUGAAUUACUAGGUCAUGUACCUCUCCUAGCAGAUCCCAAGUUUGCUCAGUUCUCACAGGAGAUUGGUCUGGCAUCUCUUGGGGCUUCGGAUGAAGAUGUGCAGAAGCUGGCUACAUGCUACUUCUUUACUAUUGAGUUUGGCCUGUGCAAACAAGAUGGCCAAUUGAGAGCCUAUGGAGCAGGGUUGCUGUCUUCAAUUGGAGAGCUAAGGCACGCUUUAUCUGAUAAAGCAGUAGUGAAACAGUUCGACCCCAGGACUACGUGCCACCAGGAGUGUCUCAUUACCACUUUCCAAGAUGUUUACUUUGCCUCAGAGAGUUUUGAGGAAGCAAAAGAAAAAAUGAGAGAAUUUGCCAAAACGAUCAAAAGGCCAUUCUCUGUCUAUUACAAUCCAUACACCCAGAGCAUUGACCUACUUAAGGACACCAGGAGCAUAGAGAAUGUGGUGCAGGACCUGCGCAGUGACCUUACGACAGUCUGUGAUGCACUGGGGAAAAUGAACAAGUAUCUUGGCAUCUAGCCCUACACAAAGGCAGCAACCUUAUAUGUACAUUUUUUUUUUUUCCUUUAAACCAUGAACUACACUGCAUCUGUAGCACUAAAACAAAUAAGUGGCUUAUGCUUUAUUCAAAAUGCCUGAACCCAAAUUGGUACAGUAUUGUCUUAACGGUCCUCUGGUGUUCUCAUGCAUUUGCCUGCUUUCAUAGUCUGGUUGUUCUUCUGCACACAGCAACUAAUGUUUAAAAUGCUGUAGACUGAAUGGCUGCAUUCAUUAGCGUUUGCUGAUUGUAAUUAGCUUACCUUGACAUUCUAUAAUUGAAUUGCCUGUGUUCCUGAUCAUUUGGUCCAACUUCAUUAUGACCUGGCAAACAGGAAGUCAGAAUUGGAUGAUUCCAGACGUUGGAUGGUCCAGACAUUUAACAGCACACUGUGGCUCACAGAUUACUUAACAAAUAGCUGAUAUAAUAACUGCUAGUAUAUUCUUGAAUCAUAAUAUAUAUCUAUUUUGCUGCAUUAUUAUAAAUGGCUCAGUAUUUAGCACUUCAUUGUGCCUUUAUGUGAUACUGAAAUGUUGUGCCUAUGAUAAUCAGAAUAAGUAUUAUUAUUACAUCUUGCAGCACUCAGGCUAAAGUGAUAAUGAUAUUGUUAUGGUAAAUGUAACACUUUAAAUAAUUUUAUUUAAAAUUAAAAGUAGUGGAAUGUACUGUGUAUUGCCAUUAGUCUGUAGCGUUUAGCUGUGCUUGCUUCACGAGAUGUAAACAUAUCAUUUACAAACAUUUCAUUUUAAUUUCAGGUCUUGUCUAUUUUCAUGUUUUUUUA